AUGAACAACUGUGUCUCCCAGACCAGCAACCAGACAGCAGAUCCAUUGGGGGGUCAUGAGGUAUGGGAGGUGCUGGUGAUUGUGAUCAUCACAGUGCCCCUCUCUCUGGUCACCAUCCUUGGCAACUUGCUGGUUUUGAUCUCCUUCCGGGUCAACAGCCAGCUGCGCACCGUCAGCAACUACUUCCUGUUGAGCCUGGCGGUGGCAGACUUAAUCCUGGGGGCCGUUUCCAUGAACCUGUACGCCGCGUACAUCAUAAUGGGCCGUUGGGCACUGGGGAGCCUGGCCUGUGACCUCUGGCUGGCCGUGGACUACGUGGCCAGCAACGCGUCCGUCAUGAACCUGCUGGUCAUCAGCUUCGACCGCUUCUACUCCGUCACGCGGCCGCUGACCUACAGGGCCAAGAGGACGACGCAGCGGGCUGUGGCGGCCAUCGUCCUGGCCUGGGCCGUGUCCUUCGUCCUGUGGGGCCCCGCCAUCCUCUUCUGGCCCCACGUGGUGGGCAGGCCCUCGGAGCACCAGGACAGCUGCUCCAUCCCCUUCAUGGACGACGCCGUGCUCACCUUCGGCACGGCCAUCGCCGCCUUCUACCUCCCGGUCACCAUCAUGGUGAUCCUCUACUGGAAGAUCUACUGGGAGAUCGAGCGGCGCUCCCAGGGUCGGGAGGGGCUGCUGGGGUCCGUGAGCAGCAGCGCAGGGGGUCCCCAGGGCUCCGGGGGGAGGUCUGUUUACUCCAGCAGCACCAAGAGCAGCACCAAGAGCAGCUCCAGCAGCGCCCGAGAGGGACCAGGGGGGAGGGAUCCAUGCAGGGAGGAUUCUCAGGGGAGAGGGUCGGCCAAACCCUCCCUGUGUCCCACCACGGGCAGCAACGGGGAGGGCUGUGCAGGAAGCAGCUGGGCAGAAGGAGGGAGGGGCUCUACUGCCUCUCUGUCCUCGGAUGAGGAGUCAGAGCAGAGGCAGGGGAGGCCCAGCACGGCGUCAGGUCCUCCGGUCUUGCUCCCUGUCAGGGAGGCCCCGGACACGGACCCCCCCUACAGAGAUCCCCCGGCCCCCAGGGCGGAGGACCUCCGAGGCCGGCAGCCUUCCCUCCGGGGCUCCAGCUCGUCUGAGUCCAGGCGGACCAGACAGCCCAAGGCCAGGCGGAGGAGGAACAGGAUGAUCACAGAGAAGAAGGCAGCCAGGACCCUGAGUGCCAUCCUGCUGGCCUUCAUCCUCACCUGGAGCCCCUACAACAUCAUGGUGCUGGCCUCCUUCUCCUACUGUGUGCCUGAGAAGCUGUGGCAGUUGGGCUACUGGCUGUGCUACAUCAACAGCACCGUGAACCCCAUCUGCUACGCUCUGUGUAACAAACACUUCCGGGUCACCUUCAAAUCUCUGCUGCUCUGCCGGCUUGGGCGGAGGGACUGGGGGAGGACUCGCCAUGGCAACCACGCCACGACCCGGAUGCAGAGGACGGGCAGCACUGUGAGAAGCCCCUAG